AUGGCCGCCAUCGCCACUCGUGAAUUCCUCUCUAGUCUGGAAGCUCUCUACCCCAGGCAGGCCCGGGGUGUCGUCAGUCCAUGGUCUCUCGUCGCAGCAACAGCAUUCAGCUCCAGCAAUCUCCCAGAAGCUGUCCCAGAAGUGUUCAAAUACGCUCUUGAGGGCGUAAACACGCAUGAUGAACGGCAGGUAUUGGUUAGGAAGUUGAAGGACGCUUUGUUCAAGUCGGGGACUGUUGUCUGGGCUAUCAAUGCCUCUUUCUCAGCUCCAUCCUGUCAUUCCCUCUUGAAUUGCGCGAUACGAAACCCCUUCGCGAUCUAUCUUUGCCGACCGAAGGCGUGGACCAAAAUUCGGACAAGAAUAUUUCGAUCGUACAUACGGAGACACGGACAGCGACCAUUCAGCCUUUUCUCAAGGAGCUAUAUCCUGACUUUCGAAUUCUUUUCAACAACCUUCGGGUAUGGAUAUACCUAUGGCUAUUUUGGCGCGCUCUCAACUGCGGAAACUUCAUUUACGAUGGUGGCAGCGCUCAUAGCGAAUGAUACCCCACGACAGGUUGACUGGCAUCUCAAGGGGUCGUUGAGGAACGGCGCGACCUUGGAUGAGGUCAAAGCCGUGCGUCAGAUUGCCCUCGACGUUGCUCGCACCUCAGGUGUGCAGUGGAAGAACGAGAUACCCGACAUCGAAGCGUAG